GCCUGAGUUCGGGAGUUGCUGGGGAGUGAGGCAGUCUGGCGAUGACACGUCCCUUUUGCUCCCCGGAGCCGCAUUGGCAUCAGCGCUGGCGGAGGCGAACCAGCUCUGGCAGUUGUGCGGUCAGAGAAGCAAAAUAAAACGAAAAGGCGAGGCUGUGUGAUUUUCAUUGUCUCCCUCUAAACUGGCCGUAGACAGCGGUUGAUCAUCGGUCCCCAAGAAGAUGCAGGAACUGCUCUUGUAAACGUCUCCUUGACGGUGACAUGUACCAGAAAAGAGGGAUCCUCAGCAAGAAUUGGAGAUAACGACAUCCACGGACUGCGCUUUUCCGGAGCGCAUCCCCCGCACAGAAAAGUAAAGUCAUUUAUAAGAGGGGUCACUGCUCGAUUCAAUAAUGGCAACCCUGAUCCGUAGCAAAAUAUCAAGUGCCGCCACAGCGGUGACCAACAAGUCCCAGGCGAAGGUGAGCGGCAUGUUCGCUCGCAUGGGAUUUCAGGCGGCCACGGACGAAGAAGCGCUCGGCUUUGCAUCUUGCGAUGAUCUGGACUACGAGCACCGGCAGGGGCUACAGAUGGACAUCCUUAAGACCGAAGACGGGGGAGCCGACGGAGUCGGGGAAACCGUCGUGGAAGGGGACAGCCAUUAUCAGAGGGACGAAACGGGACCGCCGCCCUACACCUCUAAAGAUGAUGAGAUGUGCGCCGAACUGGGCAGCCAGGACAGGCCCAGAAUCACAGCCUGGGAGGCGGGCUGGAACGUGACUAACGCCAUCCAGGGGAUGUUUGUUCUAGGGUUGCCCUAUGCCAUCCUUCACGGUGGAUACCUUGGACUCUUUCUUAUCAUUUUUGCUGCAGUGGUUUGCUGCUAUACUGGGAAAAUCCUUAUUGCAUGUCUCUACGAAGAAAACGAAGAUGGCGAGCUGGUGCGUGUGAGGGACUCCUAUGUGGAUAUUGCCAAUGCUUGUUGUGCACCAAGAUUCCCCAAGCUAGGGGGCAGGAUUGUAAACGUAGCUCAAAUUAUUGAACUAGUGAUGACCUGCAUUUUAUAUGUGGUAGUCAGUGGUAACCUGAUGUACAACAGUUUUCCUAGCCUUCCAGUUUCACAGAAGUCCUGGUCAAUCAUUGCUACUGCUGCGCUCCUCCCUUGUGCGUUCCUGAAAAAUCUCAAAGCUGUCUCCAAAUUUAGCUUGCUGUGUACAUUGGCACACUUUGUUAUCAACAUCUUGGUGAUUGCCUAUUGCCUUUCCAGGGCCAGGGACUGGGCCUGGGACAAGGUCAAAUUUUACAUUGAUGUCAAGAAGUUUCCCAUUUCCAUUGGGAUCAUCGUUUUUAGCUACACCUCACAGAUUUUUCUGCCUUCGUUGGAAGGCAACAUGCAGAAGCCAAAGGAGUUCCACUGCAUGAUGAACUGGACUCAUAUUGCAGCUUGCAUUCUGAAGGGACUUUUUGCCUUAGUGGCUUAUUUAACAUGGGCUGACGAAACCAAGGAAGUCAUAACAGAUAACUUGCCGUCUACCAUUAGAGCUGUGGUCAAUAUCUUUCUUGUAGCCAAAGCCCUGCUGUCUUAUCCAUUGCCGUUCUUUGCUGCAGUGGAGGUGAUAGAAAAAUCCCUUUUCCAAGAUGGAGGCAGAGCUAUAUUUCCCAAUUGUUAUGGGGGGGAUGGAAGAUUGAAAGCUUGGGGUCUCACUCUCAGGUGUGCCCUUGUAGUCUUCACUUUAUUGAUGGCCAUUUAUGUGCCACACUUUGCCCUUCUGAUGGGCCUCACUGGCAGUCUCACAGGUGCUGGCCUUUGUUUUCUGCUGCCCAGUCUCUUCCAUCUCAAACUACUGUGGAGAAAGCUUCUGUGGCACCAGGUAUUUUUCGAUGUUUCCAUAUUUGUAAUAGGAGGGAUAUGUAGUAUUUCUGGCUUCAUUCACUCGCUAGAAGGGCUUAUAGAAGCUUUCAGAUAUAACAUUCAAGACUAAAUGGAAACUGGAUGCAAACAGUGUUAAAACACCAAAUGUGCACAUCCAGCUGAAAAUGGCAACCUCCAUGAAAUGAAGGCAUUCAAGUUGUGUACAGUGCAAUUUUGAGACAAAAAAAAACUUAAGAAUGAUUUACAUUACCCAGCAGAAACAAACAGAAACUAAUGAGUGUUUUCUUUUCUAUUUUCCUUAUCAGUUGCAUUCCAAUACAUAUAUAUAUAUAAAUAUAAAUAUAUAAUAUACUGUAUAUGUCCUUCAUAGCAUAUGCAUCCAAUAUCUCACCAAGAUGACGCUGAGAGCUGUAAUGGAUUUCUGGAAGGCCUUGACCGGCUGUGUUUAUACAUAUCACAAUGUUAUAAAGGACCUGCAAGACAAAUUCAAAAUUGGUGUGUGUGAAAAGCUGAACUCUGUAAUCCUGGGUAGUUUCAGUUCAGAGAAAUCGGUCCGGAAUACGUCGGCUUUUAGAUCAUAUGGAGGAAUGAAAUAUGCAAGCCUUGCUGAGCUUUUUACAGUUUUAAUAUUUCAUCAAGUUUAGACAUAAUUAGCAUCCAGCCCUCUGCAUGUAAAUGAUUUAUAUGUGGCAAAAGGAUAGUAAGAAAACUAAACAAACAUGCAGUAGUUAAAAGCUAGGUUUUAACAAUAGGGAUUUCCUAAAGGAAGUGUAGUGCAGAUAAAAAGACUACACACGUGUAUAAAGGACAUAAUAAUGCUGCUUAACUGAUCAGUUUAGAUCAGCCAUGGUUUGAAAGGUAGUUGUUUUAUUUUCUAUACAUGGAAAAAGAUUGACAGACAUUUUAUAUGACUGGAAUGCUCAUCGGCAGGCACAGCUAACAAUCAGUGCAGUAACUAUACCCCAGUGUUAGACAUACAUAUACUCCACGAUUCUUGGUUC